GGGUCCCGCGCGCUCCCGCGGGGCGCGCGCGCGCUCGUGGUGACGGCGCACCCCGAUGACGAGUCGCUGUUCUUCGCCCCCGCCCUGCUCGGCCUGCGCAGGGCCGGGGCCGCCCCCGCCGUGCUCUGUUGCUCCGCAGGAAAUUAUUACAAUCAAGGAGAGAUCCGUAAGAAAGAGCUGGAGCAGAGUUGUUGUGUCCUGGGGAUUCCUGCAUCCGAUGUCACAGUCAUUGAUCACAGGGAUCUUCCAGAUAAUCCUGCUGUGGAAUGGGACACACAUCUCCUCGCCACCAUUGUGCUGGAGCACAUAGAGGCCAAGAACAUCAACCUGGUGGUGACCUUUGAUGCGGGAGGAGUGAGUGGCCACACAAACCACAUCUCUCUUUACUCUGCUGUCAGGUACCUGCAUUCAGAGAGGAAGUUACCUGAAGGGUGCCGUGUGCUCGUGCUCGAGUCAGUGAAUCUCUUGAGGAAGUACAUUUCCUUCCUGGAUGUGCCCAUUUCCUGCCUCCUGCCCGGGGAUGCCCUGUUCAUCCUCUCAGAGGAGGAGACUGAGCAAGCCAAGAGGGCCAUGCGGUGCCAUCGCAGCCAACUCCUCUGGUUCCGUCGCCUCUACGUGCUCUUCUCCCGGUACAUGGUGGUCAAUUCACUGCACCUCCUGUAGCAGGACAUGGCUCACAGCUCCAGGAGAAAAGAAUGACCAAAAAAAAAAGGACCAUGCCAGGCUCAGGACUAAAGGAAACUCCUGUGUUAUGUGCUGGAGAGGAUGGGAUGCUCUUUGUGUAGCAUUCUC